GGGCCAGGACGGGCGGGCUACGAUGCCCGCGGCGGGAACCAUGACAACACAGCCGCCUUGAUUCUGCCGCGGGGCCCGCCGGCGGCGGUAGCAGGGUUCUGACUGCAGGCUUUCGUCCUCACGCUCUCGCCAGGUGCUGCCGGUAACCCGCCCAGCCCAUGACACGGCGGGCAGCGGCGGGCAGGCAGGCGUCUCCAGGGACGGGCGGCGAGCAGGGAGAAACACCCGCGCCUCCUCAGGAGGCGGCGGCAUCUUUUCCUCGGGGGCAGCACCGGGGAGGAGGCCGAGAGCGCAAGCCGCCGCCGCCAGCCAGCACUAGACCCUCAGCGACGGGGAGCUCCGAUGCCCUCUCUGCUCCGCGCCCACGGCGGCCCCUCCUGAGCGGCGACGGCAGAGCCGGUUUGCCCUAGCGCGCAUGCUCGGCGCGGCCGCCAUUUUGGUGGGGCCGGGAGUUCUCCAGCGAGAGCGGCGGUGGAGCUCGCUGGGCCCGGCUCGGAGGCAGCGGCGAGUGGGUGCUCGCUGCGGAGAUGGCUAACAUCGCGGUGCAGAGGAUCAAGCGGGAGUUCAAGGAGGUGCUGAAGAGCGAGGAGACGAGCAAAAACCAAAUUAAAGUAGACCUUGUAGAUGAGAAUUUUACAGAAUUAAGAGGAGAAAUAGCAGGACCUCCAGACACACCAUAUGAAGGCGGAAGAUAUCAACUAGAGAUAAAAAUUCCAGAAACAUAUCCAUUUAAUCCUCCCAAGGUGCGAUUUAUCACCAAAAUAUGGCAUCCUAAUAUUAGCUCAGUCACUGGAGCCAUUUGUUUGGAUAUUCUGAAAGAUCAAUGGGCAGCAGCAAUGACUCUAAGAACAGUGUUGUUAUCACUGCAAGCGUUGUUGGCAGCUGCAGAACCAGAUGAUCCACAAGAUGCAGUAGUGGCAAACCAGUACAAACAAAAUCCAGAAAUGUUUAAACAGACAGCUCGACUUUGGGCACAUGUGUAUGCUGGAGCACCAGUUUCUAGUCCAGAAUACACCAAAAAAAUAGAAAACCUUUGUGCUAUGGGCUUUGAUAGGAAUGCAGUAAUAGUGGCCUUGUCUUCAAAAUCAUGGGAUGUAGAGACUGCAACAGAAUUACUCCUGAGUAACUGAGCCAUGUAGAGAGUUGCUUCAGUAGUCCAGCUUGCCCCUUCUGGAGGAGCAUCACCAUCUGUUAUUUUUAGGAUUCUAUAUAGAUUCUCUUUUAAAACUGGCACUCUUGCCUGAUGAUGCUAUCUAGGCACUAUUGGAGACUGAAAGAACCGCUCUGUAAAUAAAGCUAAUUAAACGUCUGUGUAAAUUUAAAAAGGGGAAAUACUUUAAUUUUUUUUCUUACUAAAUAUUGUAAAAAUUCUUGGAGCUCAGCUGAAAUAAUGGGGGAAAAAAAACAUGCCUACUUUAGUGUUUAGCAGUGUGACGAAGACUAGCAGGAACUUGCUUCGGGAUAUUUUGGUUUAGUAAUUCAGAAAGCGACAUUUUUGAGUGUUAGUCAUCACGAUUGUUGGUGCCACUCAUCACAGCUAUCUUACUGUUUUUUAACAUGGAUCCUACGUGCCUGUGGAUUGACCUAUAUUUGCAUGCUUGUACUUAAUAGACAUAUUAGGUAGGGUCGCUGAAGAGAGCGCCGUGGAACCACUCGUGUGUUCUGGUACCUUCUUUCCCGAAAGACUCGCGGGACUCGCCGCGGGGCCCAGACGGGGACCUCUUCAGAGCCAGUUUCUUUCCAGCGCAGUGAUUGGGAAACCCGAUUCUCCUCUCCCUCACGUCGUGCAGCUGAAAAUCCUCACUAGAUUCCGUUUCAUCACCUGUGGGUAUCUGUGUGCCAUGGACAGUAGUCUAGGCUCCCCUUUAGAAGAUGCGUUUCGAAUUACCGGUAAUGGUUCUCAUCCGUCGUGUUUCCUCCUGCACCAUCUCGUAAGGAGUAUGCCUCUAGAGCACAACAAGAUGGAGCUGGUUGGCUUUCCUUUCUCUCUUUUUUUUUUAUUUUGUCUUAGUAGAUGUAAAAUGUUCUUCAGUACAUUCUGGAUGAUACAAUUUCCUUGGGUUUGAAGAGGAGAAAGCUGAUUCUCUGGCGUACUACGAAUUAAACGAAUUUUCCUUUGAGUACCUGAUAUGAUGCAAUCAGCUGUUUUUUGCAGUGCUUUUCUAGCUUUAUUUUGGGCUUCAAUUCGAGGAGUGCUUACCAGGUACUUUGAAAUUCAUCCUUGCUUGCGUUUUUCUCUAGUUGACACAUGGAGGCUGUGUUGGUGUUUUUACUGUACAUACUUCAAAUGCACAUAGAAGUAGAAGUGUGUUCUCAAUUUAGCUUUCUUUUGGAUUGAUGUUUCUGAUAAAAGAGAACUGAAAUCUUACCUUGGCUUGUACAUACAGUCAGUCUUUCUAUUCGUAUUAAAAUGACAUUUCAUCCCGAGUGCAAAAGCUUGAGAAUUAUUAGUUUUGCAACUUCAAACACUAGUACAUCUAUUUAAAGAGAGCUGUAAUGUCCUUGUGAGUAUGAUGCGAACUUUUGAGAAUCUAUCUGACAAGGAAGUUCAGAGAAAUCCUGAGCCUAGGGAGCGGGGCCAGCGGGUGAUGGAGUACUGCACAAGUCCCCUUUGCCACGACUGCUUUUGUUUCUCCUAAACUGUGGAUUAAUGGAGUGGGGAAAUACAUGUCUGGGGUUUUUCUGGAGGUAUGAAGUACAAGCUGAAAUAGUUUCAUGCUUCAUAGGCAGUCUGUUUAUAAAUCGUAUUAAAGGAAAUCAGGAGUAUUAUUGUGUCUGUUAAAUAUCUGGAGCAUAGUGGUAGGGGAACAGAACCAGGAAACAGAGCUGUAGAGACCAAGCUAGUUCAGGGAUGUUCCCUCUACUGCACUGUCUGAUGUGUCCAAACUUCAAAAUUUCGGGGCACAGGCAGUCAGUGCUUUGAACUCAUAUCAGUGCAAUACUAAAUGCAUUUGCUCAGUCUUCAUACUUACUGCUCUUUAAAGUGUAGUCAGUUUUCUUGAGUUAGUGUAAAUCAUUUUGCAGUGAUGCCAAAGGAAAUGAGUUGUUUUGUCUUUAUAUUUAUUUUUUUAACAAGAAGCUGCUACUGUUGAGCUGGUUUUGCUUGGUGAAAACCAGAGACAGUAGGAAACUGCCACUUGUGUCAGUCUCAAGUUGCUGUCUUUUCUGUUAUAUGAGCAAAGAACUUCUUCAUUACAUCAACACCUUUGAUUUUUUACCCUGGUGGUAAUUCUAAAUUGCUGUCUACUUUCCCAUGUUCUUUGCUGCUAUUUAUCAAAAGGAUGAACUUAGAAGUCAUUUUUGGGGUCAUAAAACUUCUGUUAAAGGCUUCUUGAACUUGUCCUUUUAUGAGUCUCCUAAGAGCAGCAAGCAGGUCUUUCCAACAAUGUGUGAAGGGGUAAAGGAAGCCAGGGCAGUGGGGAGAGAAAAGAACCAUUUCCUUUCAAGUGAGCAUGGUCUCCUGUAAAACAAUGUCUUGUUACGUUUCAUGUCUCAUUAAGUUACCUCAUUUUCUUCUCUACUGCAAAACGCUUGUCUUUCCCCUUCGGUCUAGAUGUUGGAUACUGGGUUUUGCUCUCCGUCCAUGUACUUGGUAGCAAAGAUAUCUUGACGCUGGCUUAGAUGCUGGCAGGAGAGGAGCUUCUCAAGAAGUGAGCUGAGAAGGAAACAUUGAGCCACCAUUAACUAAGGAGACAUCUGUGGACUAAAGUCCCUCUGAGUUUUGAUGUGCCAGUGCUUUAUAAGGAAUGUUUUUGUGUUCUUGGUAACUAUCAGAGUUGAAUAUAGGGAUGAUGUUGUACAAAGUUAGUUUAAGUGCAGUUGGGGCUGAGCCCCAGUAGAUUUGCUGUUAGAGUUCAGUGUCAGUGUGAGUUUGUACAUGCCAGUGGCCAUUCUGUUUCCCGUGGGCUGGGAUAUUGCUAUGCCCGGGCUGCGCCUUCACUGUGGUCACAGCAACAACACAGAGCAUAGGUACAGCUGGCUCCUAAGUACAGAUAAAUCCUGGGCUGUCGUCCUCUAUUGUGUGAGAUGAUGGCUUGAAACAGUAAUUUUGAAGUCCCAUUUUUCUAAAGGAGGUUUUGGUAAUGACACUCGUGAUUGCCAGAGCACCGGUCAGAUGGCACUGCUGAACGCUUUAAUGUGCACCCAGCAACGUGGUUUAUCCUCACUUGUUUUGAUGGUGGGAAAUGAGAAGCUCUGAUCUUGUCCAGUUCCUCAGAGAGUAAAGUACAACUUGGCUCAAAGGUAGAGAAAGGCCCUUUCCUGUUGCCAAAAGCCUCUGUCUUCCCGCAAGCGCCAAAAACUCUGACUGUGUCCCACCCCCACGCACCAAACUCACGGCUUCCUCCUGUUGCUUCUGCGAACAGGCUGUGUUCUCAGCCUGACAAACUGCUACAUUUCAGAGACAACAUUGAGGAGCAUCUCCUUCUGGAAUGAUGCAGCACUUGGUGCUAUUCACUCAGUGUAUCCCAAACUCGCAAUUGUUUUGUAAAGAAGGUUACCACAGUGGGCACGGGGCCUUGCCUGGAGCUGCUUCGGCUGUAUCUAUCCGAGCAACAGCUACUGAUGGGGUAGGAAUAUGUCUUGGGUUGGGUUUUUUUAUUACCGUUGUAUUUUCAUGUUUUCUAUUAGUAUUGCAACACUGACAUAGGGAAUAUAGGAUCAUUUUGUUGUGGUCUGACAGGAGGAGUUGAGUACUCAGAAGCUUACCUUGUGCUGCCAAACGUGUGUUACAUGGCGUGGGUAUCAGACACGUUUAAACUAUGCAAACUGAAGCUGAACAGCUGUGAAUCAGACCAGGCACUUGGGAGCAUAGGGAUUGCUUAUGUAUUUGGGGAAGGGAGAAAAAUCCAAACAGUUUCAAGCAAGAGCUUUUGUUUACUGCAUUGGUCCUUCACUGUGAAGGGGAAGCGUUCCAGUUCAGUGCCAGGGGAAACUAAACUGUGCACGUCCCUGGUUUCCUUCCUAAAUGCCAACACAAGCUGGCGUGGCCUUGGAGGCUUGCCCAAAGCAGGACGUGGUAAAUAACCUAGCAGUGACUGUUGUGCUUAUUGUCUGCAGACAGGAGGAGGAGAUGAGGUGUCCUCUUUUGUUGGUAGAGUUGAUGAGAAGCAUCUCACUAGUGUGACUGCUGGUUUGUGACCAGGUCGUUGGUGGGGCAUAGUUUGGAUGAGCACUUGGCUCACCAAUAGAUAACGCAGGCGGCUUUCCUCACACUGUCGCAGGGCUAAAGCCUGAGAGUGGAGAUGCUCCUGAGGCACCUGACGCUGUUUCUGGGGAGGUGAUAGGUGUGUCAUUGCUACAGCCAGUGCUUUCUGGGCACAGCUCUACCCUGAGGCCAUUGAAGGAGCAGUUGCUUCUUUCUUGACAGUUUUCUGAGCUCUUGCAGCCCAUCGGUGCCUCCUGUGGCUUGCCUGUCUCAGUCAGAGUGCCAGGGCUGGCUGUCGGGCCAGCGCGCCCAGCCGUGGUUGUGGCCCCCGGCUGCCCUCACUGGCUGCAGCACUCAGUGUGUCAUGACUUGCCUGCAGAGCUGUUCUGGCUGGACAAACUGAUGCUGUGUGGUGCUGUGCUAUCCUUUUGCUGCUACCUGCUGUGUAGGCAUCAAAGUAGCCGGUUGCUUACAGUGCCGAGCUGUUGGUCACUGAUGUAACCUCAGACUGGGGCUCAGCAGGCAGGGAGAUGUGCUCUGCCAUGCUCUGCUUGGCCCUCGGACCGUGAGUGGCAGUUGCUGAUGCUGUCCUGUGGUAUCUGAAGGAGGCUGCUGUCAUACGAAUGCUGAUGGCAACUGCUGAAGAACUCUGCCUUGCACUUACCUUUUCCAUCCUGAAGUCUGGCUUUCCUAAUUUAAGAGAAAAAAGAAUUAGCAGUAGCCACUGUUGCAGGAGGUUGGUUGCUGAGCACCAGGUGCUGUGCAGGAGGAGCAGGGGGGGGCUGGAACAGAGCAUCAGGGGCUUUGGUCUUGAAGAUAAAAACAACACAAAUGCUUUUUGUAUGCAAAUGACUUUUUAAAUAAAUAAAUACCCAUUUUAAAAGA